AUGUCUUCAUCGUGUUCGGACAAAUUUUCGACCUUUGCUGAAGACUCAUACAACAUCAGUGAAGACGAAGUUAUUGUUGAGGCAUUGGCCAUGUACUCAUUGAUCAAGGCUGACAUGAAGUCUUUUCAGAAGACAUCGAAGAAAACAGGGAAAAGACUCAGGAGACCUACAAAGGCCGAAAACAGGGUGUUCGUUGCGGUAUGUAGCCCGCAAAAAACAUCCACCGUCAUUGUAACGACGGAUAUCGCUCUCGAGGCCACACUCAAUGAUCUCGAGGAAGAAGACCAGUAUCGUGAAUUGGUACUUGUUGUCAGCGGAUAUUUCGACCAGAUUGAGUUUCAUGCACCGCCCAACAUCAAGGUGCUUCUUGUGAUGCGAUGCGGGUUUGGCUCCAACGCAGGUGCUCAGCUGUCCAUUGAUGAUGCCUCGACUUUCAAAGAUGUCGAACUUGGAAUAUGGUCAGCGAAGCGUCGCAGAGGGAGGAAUCUUCUUUUCGGGCCAAACGUGGGCAUUCGAAUCGAUCCGGGGCAGAAGCAUUGGGAUCAGGCCCAGCAGAAGUUUUAUCGAAGCUUCAGCCACAGUGAGAAGGAUGAUAUCAACAGUCAUUUUGAGAAGAUGAGCAACGCGCGUAUGAAGGGCAGGAAAUGGUGGAAGACAUGGAGAGCCGGAGUGGCCGCCAUAUUGGGCAUAGUGUGCUGUGGCAUGAAGUUUGAUGCUUCCAUCAAAGCAGCGUCGGGAGGUGUAUUUUUCCACUAUCAGUACGGGAUAAUGAGCAUCAAGGCAGGCGCGGCAUACGCAAAGGCUACAGCAGCAAUCACAGCCGCCGGCCCCGCGCUCCUUGUUGGUGCGGGAGUCGCCGCGGUUGUGUAUUUCAUGCCGUGGGACAAGCUACUCAGCUGGCUUGGAGGCGUGCUGUCCUGGCUCCGCGCUGGAAUCAUGACACUUUGGACCAAGUUCAAGGACUGGCUAGCUAGCUUCGUUCAAGGGCAACAGGACGGCGGCUGGGACGAAAGGCCAAGAGCUAGAAUGCCUAGACUGAUGAAGUUCUAG